UUGACGUCAUUCCAAUGUGUAGAUUUACUAAAUUCCAUUCGUUAUCAGUAGUAUUUAUAAUGUUUUUACGAUCCAGGCUGCAUAUUCUGGGUAAUGCUGGUACCACCGUCGUUUUCAACUUUUAUUAAAUUUAGUCCUGGAAUCCAAUGCCAAUGUGCAAGGUUUUUGGAAGAUAUAAUCGCAUAUUGGAUAUAUAGCCUUUUUGUAUUCUAGAGUGGCUAGGAUAAUCGUUAUAGUCAUUCAAAGAUUCUGUCUGGAUGACCAGUCGCUUCAUAUGUUAGUCAUUCAUGAGGCAAGCCACGUUCUACACAAUGUCACUGUCUAUGCGGCGUGUUUAUGCUAUGAUGCAACAUGGUUUGCCAAGGUGCUGUAUAAUCAACUUCCGUUACCGAGUUCGUCACUUAUCAACCUUGAAGGCACCAGAGACUGAACGGGCAACCUCGCUUGAAAAUCGUAAUUCUGGAGACAGCGACUCCCACCAAGUGGAGGCUGUAGAUAUCGCAAAUUCAAUCUUACGGAACAAACUUUCACUGAAGGAGGAGGCUGCUAUUUUAACUCGACUAGGUCGCUCUAGUGCACUGCAAGGAUCCUUUAUUCAUCAAUAUGUUUCUGGUCUUGAGGAACGUAUUAAAAACUGGCUUGGUGAUGGCACUAAUACCAACGAACGUCACGAUCACACGGGUUGGGACAUUACCAGUUUACAGCAUAUAUCAUCAUUCUUAAUGCAACAUGGCACCACUUGCGAUGGUAUGGCAACUCUAUUUGAGCGUUACAUCAAGAACAGCGGUCACUAUCUGGUUCCCAACCGCUUAGAUGUUCUCAAUGGGUUAUUACAAUAUCUCGUUCAUGCCGGUGCUGGUAAGCACCUUGCAUCGCACGACUUCGAUUUAAUUGGCGAGUUUGCCAAUGACAUACCUGUUGAUGCGCUUAUAACUACUUUGUACUUAAUGGGCCAACUUGGGAUCAGGAACGUUUCCACUGUUGUUAAUGCUGGCAGGUUAUUGCACAAUCGUAUUGCAAUGGGACUUUUAUCGCCUUACCACAAGACCAAGCUUGUUCGUGCAUAUGCUCUCAUGAGGCAUGAGCACAUUACUUUUUUCAGGCACAUUGCAGAGGAACUUCGUGUUAUAUUAGAGGGUCGUGACACUGGCAAAUACUUGGUUACACCAAUCCCAGGGGAUUCCAAUCACAUCCUUGGUAUUGGUUCCCAUGGACUUUGUGAACCUUCCGGUGUAAUUUGCAAUGUAUUGCCAUGCCUACAGAUGGACAGUAUUGAUCCUCCUUUAGAGCCGGUUCUAUUUACUGGUCAUAGAGACCAGUUAUACACCGACGGCCAGAUACUCUAUAUCUUGGACUCUAUGUUUUACUUGAAUCUUCACUACGUCGAGCCAUUUUGCCGCCGACUUGCUAACAGUGCCUAUAAGCACUGUUACGUCCCUAUAUCAAUUGACCAUUUUGACGUUGAACAGUUACGUAGUGCCGUUACGAUAUUGGCUGUGGCCAAGAUCAGGGCUGACGAGAGUGUGCUAGAGGCUAUAACUCGUAGAUUUUUCCAGUCAUAUCUAGAUGGCAUUGCCACUAAUUCAAUGUUAUGUCUAUUCCUAAAGGACUUUGUGAAAUUAACUCGGGAUGUUAUAAAGUCAACUGGUCGACGUGGCAGGGUUGCUAUUCGUAGUGUAUUCAAGGGCCCUAGGUGGUUAGAGAAGCCAUUAUCUGAGAUUCACGGUGCUACGGGUCAUGUACAGCCUUCUAUGUUGGAGUCCUGCUGUACAACCGUUUGUGAGCGUGUCCACAGUUUUGACUUGCUGGAACUUACCUCUUGCAUUCGUUCUAUUGCGUACUUAGGCUAUCGUAAUGAGAAUUUUUACAAGGUCUUCAUUCCAUACUUUAAGGACCGCAUCGGUUCUAUGAAUCACGUUGCAAUUAUCAAUCUUACACAGGCAUACAACAAGGUGGGCAUACGUGACGGCCACUUGUUCUACCUCAUGGGCAAGCAGCACCAGUUACAUCUUCAGGGGGACGACAACUCCCACAAGCUAUAUGUAAAACGUAUAGGUUGAGUUGGUGUCAUUACCAAAAGAACUAGCUUAUUCGUUAUAGCGUUACUUCAAGGUGCUAU